UGGGAACGCAACAUUGCCAUCAGGUUAAAGCUUAUCGUUGUCGUAAAGUAGGUAGCUAACGCGUGACAAACAGCUUUCAGAUAAACAACCCUAAUAAGUAUGUCUUUUAAAAGGGAAGGUGAUGACAAGAGUCAGUUGAACAUCCUGAAGAAACGCCGUGUGGCAGAUCUGCUGUCUAAUUUUAUUCCAGAGGAUGAAGCAGCUCUUCUAAAAAAUGGAAGAUACACUUGCCUUGUGUGCUCCUACCGCCCGGUGUUUGACACGGUUGAUAUGCUGACAGUCCACAGAAAGGGCAAAAGGCAUCUGGAAGGUCUAAAAGCAUUCUAUGGCAAGAAAGCACAACUGAAGAAUGAAAUAAUAAAAAGGCAACAUGAAAACUACGUCAAGAUGGAAGACAAAAGACAGGAACCCUCCUGUUCAGCCCCUUUAUUGGCACAAACACGGAAGCUCACACAUCACGCUUUAUUGAAGUCUGUACCAUACAACAGCUGCCACAGAAAAACCAGUACAAAAUCUGAAAAAGGACUGGACAGCCUCAGCUCAGACCGAAGUGACAACCAUUCCAGCAAAACAGCAUCUGAACAAGAAAAAGCACGUCAGCAAACUGAAGUUUCAAACAGUUUAUCAGAAAGCAGUUCAGAAGCCAAUAACGAGUCACAUCCAUCAGUAGCAGUGACACAGGAAGCAGAGCCUGUAACAGCCCAGAGGAGGAGAGAGAUGGAACACUACCUCAAGCUGAAAAGCCAGGGGUGGUUGCAAGACCGAAGCGGCAAGUGGGUCAAAGAUGAGAAUGUGGAGUUUGAUUCAGACGAGGAGGAGCCUCCUUCACUUGUUUCCACACCUGCAAGUCACGGAGAGGACUAAGACCUGUGGAAAACACUGGUUAACUUGUACCACAGUGGUACAUUCAGAAGCCACUGAACUUCACAUGCAGGGACUUUCUCAAACUGAUUUGUACCGUCCCUCAUCCUUUAACUGAACUCCACGGCUUUUAAUUAAUGAUAAAUAUCACCCAGUGAGCUGAUACUCGAUCCCACGUCCUGCAUUUUUUACAUCAAAUUCUUUUCACUGUGACUCCCUGAAAAUGUUUGUUGCUGUCUUUUUUUUACUACAUGGGACAUCAAGCAGACUUAGACUCUACUUAGCAAUAGUAGAGAAUAUAGUUUUUGAACAAGGCAGUUCUGUCUCUUUCUCAGUGUUCACUUGUAAAAUCUCCAGCCUUGUCUGUGUCCUGAUGUCUCGAAGUCAAUAAAGCGCAAUUCUGGUUUAUAA